GAGUAAACAUGCUCUCUCUGUCAGACUGGUUGUGUGAGAGAGAAAGGGAGAGACAGAGAGAAAGAGAUAUCAAAGAGUUUUGUGGUGAACCUAACAGCCAACAACGUUUGUCCUCUACUUACCUCUACUGAACCACUUCCAUUGGUAGCAGACCAUUUAUUUCAAUACAAAGAGGAAGAGGUGACUUUUAAUUCACGGAACACCUAGGGUCCUGCAAGACUGGCGGGCAAUUCUGUUUACCUGUGUUGAGCUGGAAGAACCCUGAUAUGGGGAUCCCAUCCUUGUAGGAGAAGAACUGGUCAGAGAAAAUCCUUCAACAACUGGGUAAAAGUUUUUCUCUCUUUUUUAAAUCUUCUCUCCUUUCCUCUCCACUCCUCUUAUCCCUCCACUCCAUGCCAAGGUGAUAGUCUAAAUUACUUUGAGGCAGUAAUCAGUUUCAUUCUUAUCUUUCUCACUCUCCCCUGACCCCUCCCAAACCCCCACCUUCCCAACCAAGGUUUUUUGCCAUGGCGCUCGUCAGAGAGGUUUUAGGGUCAACAUGGACAAACCUGUCUCCAGAGACGGCCAUCUUCUCCCUCUUUCUUCUCUCCAUCCUUCUCCUCAUCCUAUGCACCAACUGUGGCAGUCACUCCUUCGAUCUGCGCAGGAAAGAGGAUGGACCUGAGUCUUUAAUACGUGUGGUGAGACUUGAAGAUGCCCUGAGGGAGAAUACCAUGAUCAACAAUAUCAGGAAGGACGAGAAAGAGUUUCAAACGGAGAAUGGUGGCCCUGUCACUGUGUCUGCCUCCAUUCCUGAGUCUAGCUCAGUCCCUGGGUCUGAUCUGAUUCCUGAGAUCCAGUUUGCCUCUGGACAGGACAACGGCACCUGGUACCAACCCUGGAGGAGCCACAUGGGGGUGCCAGAACAUGACGGUAAGGUGAACAGAGAAACCCCCUAUUUGGAGCUCUGUACACCACAAGGCCACAUGGACUCUUUCCUCCCGUCUGCCUCCCCAUCGCUCUUUGUUGACCCACCCCAGGUAAACACCAACAGGGGGACCAUCCAUCAGCCUCGGCCCAUGGAGGAGGGCCUGGAUCUGGAAAGGAUACAGACCAAGGAGCCAGGGGCCUCUGUGGAGGAUCUUCACCAGCACAUCUAUGAUGUUAUUGGGGGUGAUAGGAAGGUUGAAGCCUUUCCUGUGGAGGUCAUCCUGGAUGAGGUGAACCUGGUAUCCCCAGGUUAUGAGUCCAUAGUGAAAAUUAGAUCAAACCCAGCCAAGCAGCUAGACAUCAACUCAGACUCAAUCACAUCGACAGAGGAUGGUUUUACCAUGCCUGUCACCUCCACCUCCUUGAUGGAGGAAGUGAAGGCAAGUUUGAGUGACAAGGAAUGGAAUCCAUUGUAUGCACAGGUAAGCAGAAGGUCUAAGUGUCCAACUCCACCCCCUGUUCCACCCCCAGAGGAUGAAGAAGAGAAUGAGGUGGAGGAAUCUUCACCUCCAUUACCAGACAGGAGUGCAGAAAUAUAGGGUUGACUGUGAAUUAUUUUACCUGGAGUACAUUCAUACAUUAUUUUAAAAGUUCCAUAAAUUAGGAUUGCUUUGAUAAAAUUUGCUUUGAUAAAAUUCGCUUUUUUGGGAAAAGUAUCGUGUCUAAAAAUGACAAUCCAAUGUGUUUAGUUUCAUUUCAAGUUUAAUGUCAGAUAAACAAUAACAAAGUUAUUGGCAACAAAAUGUGUGGUUUUCAGGCUUCUUCAGCAGUGCAGACAAAAUUUGACUUAAAGUAUAUAAAACAGGAAAUCAUUAAUUAACUAUUUAACCUAUAGCAUGGUCAACAAUGUGCAGUAUUUAUCAUAUAGAAAAUGUAAUAAUAUAAAGCACCUGUAUCUAAAGUGUUACCUGUUCUUUUUUAUAUUUUCUGUUUUCUUUGACAUACUGGGGACUGUUCAUGAAGCAAAUUGAAAGUUUAACUUUGAGAAAAAAGAAUUGGGGGGAAAAUAAUGCUUUCAUGACAUUUGUAUGAAUAAUUAAGUGUGAAUGAAUUGCCCAUAUUACCAAUCUUUGGUUACUAAGUUCUUACAAAUGUGAAUAAAAAAACUUCCUGUCAAGAGAAUUAACAAAAACAA